AAAUGAAACGAAAAAAGAAAAGAAAAUGAGAGACAAAUAUAAAUGAAAAAUGAAGCAGUCCGUGAUUUACGGUUUCGAGAUUGAAGACUAACCAGAGAGCUGAAAGAGGAAACAAAAAGGAAAGGAGAAAUUGCUAUAAGAAAACAUUCGCUUCUUAGAGAGAGAGAGAGUUGUGGUCACGUUGGGUUUCAGGUGGAGGUGGUGCUCGGAGAUCUUGUCAGCCAGAUCGGAAGCAGAAAGAAGAUAAAAAAAAUUCGCCUGCAGAUGGGGAGGGAUGUUGCAGGUUUACACAUUGACAAGAAACCAGGUGCUGUCAAUGCAAAGUCAAAUGGUACCUUUCAUGGUGUAGUUCAUGUUGCUCCUAAAGUUGUACCAGAAAGAGAUGAAACAAAGAGCUAUGAAGCAGUGGAUCAUACUGCAAAAGGUACACUUGCUGAUGAAUGUAACGAGAAGCAGGAUGUUCUAGGUUUGAAAAGCAUAAAUCAUGAUCCCAGGGAGAAAAUCUUGAAGGCUGAGGCUCAGAAGUCAGAUGACAAAAAUUUAGGCAAUCCAGUUAAGCCUGCAUCAGGGUCUUCUGUUAAUGGGACAGUAAAUAUGAAUUCUUUGGAGCCGCUAACACCUGGUCUUGAGUCUGGGAAACAAACUUCAUUCCUAAAUCAUGCCAAUGGUAUUGAAACUGUAGAUUCUGGUUUACCAUAUCUAUCAAAGACUAGUGAUUUACAUUCCCCCACAACCGCGAAAAAUUCACUACCAUAUUCUCCUACCGUGUCAAGCAAGACACCGAAAACUGAUGACAAGAAAUAUGAUUAUGAAGAUGAUAAUUGGUCCUUGGCUUCCUCUACUGCAACAUCUGUACGUAGUAAAUCCAGAGUUACAGUUCCGGUGGCUCCAACAUUUAGAUGUAUGGAGCGUUUAGAGAGACGCAAGGAGUUUUACACCAAGUUGGAAGAAAAACAUAAAGCGUUGGAGCAAGAGAAACUUGAAUAUGAAGCAAGAACCAAGGAAGAAGCAGCAGCAGCUAUAAAGCAGCUUAGAAAGACCAUGGCAUAUAAAGCAAAUCCAGUUCCUAAUUUUUAUCGUGAAGGCCCUCCCCCAAAGGUUGAACUUAAGAAGCUGCCAGUGACACGUGCCAAAUCACCAAAUCUAACCCGGAGAAAGAGCUGCAGUGAUGCAGUGAAAUCAUCUCCGGUUGAAAAGGGAACUUAUCGGACAACUCGUCAAAGCAUAGGUGUUUUCAGGGAAAGCAAACCCUCUCCUAUGAGUACAACUCCCAAAAGCAAGAGUCAGGUUGGUGUUCGCAAUGUAAAUGCGACAGGCAAAGUCAAGGAUCGUCUGCAACAAAUGAAAGAGACUACAGAAAAUUCCCGCUCCACAGGUCAGGGAAAUGCAGAUAUUGGCGUUGAGUCAUGAAAGAUUACUAGUCUUGCGUAGUUUUAGUUUUACUUGUAUGAUUGAUCAGAAUGUUAUGGCAAGGUCAAAUGGUGGUUAUGUUUUGUUCUUAUGGUGACUUGUCGAGAGAGGUCCAAAUUCUGAGUUGUAUAUCUCUACAAUUUAUGAUGCUUAAAUGUUGUGAAAUAUUAGAACUACGCUGGACAUGUUUUGCUUGGAAAUAUUGUCCUAUAGAACUUUUCUUUGUUGCUUUGUCUAUAUAUUACUUUCCACCACAUUGUUUCUUGUAAUCAAUAUUUGAAGAUUCUUA